AUGGAGUCGGUCGCAACUCUGGGCAAUGCCCCAUAUGCUGCUGCACUUGGCAUCUUCCUCAUCGGCUACUUUGUGCUUUACCCCGUUGUUGUUUACUUUAGAGAUGUCAAGGGCAUGCGUCGUUUCCCCAAUAUGUCCACCUUCUCCGGCAUGUCAGCUCUACCCUUCAUGUUCCUCGCCCAGGGCGGAGCUCGCUCUACUCACCUCGCCAAGCUGCACAAGAAGGAACCCAUCCUCCGGACCGGCCCCAACUCGCUGUCCUUUGGCAGCGUCAAGGCCAUCAAGGACAUCUACGGUCACGGCACGCCCUGCAUCAAGGACGAGUCGUACAUCCUCACCGCCGGCUCGCACUUUAACCUGGCCGACGUCGUCGACAAGCCCGAUCACGCCCGGAAGAGAAAGGUCUUGUCGUCGGCCUACGCUCUCAAGAACCUCGAGCGCUGGGAGUACAAGGUUGCCGACAAGGUCGCCCGCAUGAUUGCUCAGUUCGACAAGCGAUCUACCGCUCCUCUGCCCAAGGGAGUCAAAUACGCCAGCGCUGAGGACCUCACCGUCGACUUCCGCGCCUGGACAAACUUCUUCUCCCUAGAUGCCAUCGCCGAUAUUGGGCUCUCUGAGCGCUUGGGUCUUCUUGACCAGGGCCAUGACCGCGUCGUCGCCCAGGAAAAGGACGGGUCUCUCUUCGAGACGAACCUUCGCCAGUGCCUAUACCCUACCGCUCGCAAGCAAGCUCAUCUCCUCUGGAGCUACCAGAACUACAAGCUGCUCGACAAGAUCUCCAACGUCAUCCCCUACUACCGAAAGAUGUCUGAGUCCAGCCGAGGCUGGGACGCCAUUGUCCUGCGCCGCGCUAGCAUUCGCCUGGAGCGAUACCGUGCCGGUGAGAAGCUCGAUGACUUCUUCCACGCUCUGAUGGAGGACAAGAACGGCCACCCCCACAACCUCGAAUGGGGUGAGAUUGUUGCCGAGAUCAACAUCAUGAUGAACGCCGGCAGCGUCACCACUGCCAUCGCCCUCGCAAACGUCAUGUACCAGCUCCUGCUCAACCCUGAUAUUCUCGCCACCCUGCAAAAGGAGAUUGACUCUGUUUUGGAACCGGAAGAAGUUGUUGCUCCCUACGACAAGAUCAAGCAUCUUCCGUACCUCCGAGCCUGCCUCGACGAAUCCCUGCGCCUCUUCCCUCCUACUCCCCAGGGUCUUGCCCGCGAGACCCCUGCCGAAGGGUUGAACAUCAUGGGCCAAUAUGUCCCCGGGAAAACCACCGUCGCCGUGUCUUCACUAGUUGCGCACCGCGACGAGUCUGUGUACCCCAACGCCGAAAAGUACAUCCCUGAGCGAUUCAUUGGCGACAAGGGCAAGGAGCUCCAGGCAUACUUCCUUUCGUUUUCUGCGGGUGCUAGAGGCUGCAUUGGCCGCAACAUCUCCUACCUGGAGCAGACCGUGUGUCUUGCCUCUGUGGUCCGCAGAUACAACUUUGCCCUUGCUGAGGGCUUUGAGCUGAAGCGGGAGGAGACGAUGAACCACAUUCUCGGAGAGAUGCCCGUCAAGGUCUGGCGGAGGGACCUCGGCGAGGAGAACUGA